UAUUUGCUGAUUUUGUGCAAUAUCAUGUCAGUCCUAUACAGUAAUAUUUAAGCUCUCUCAGUACGGAUGGCAGGCCUUGCUUUUGAUGCCAGCUUGGGCAAAUCGUACAUGCAACGUUGAGUUUAUGCAGUGAGCUAAAGGCUUGCAAGAGGCGGAGUCUAGGACCCAGAGGCCCGGGCGGUACAAUAGAGCUGUUGUGCCGUGGUGGAAAAGAGAUUGCAGCUCUGGGAAAUUGACAGUGUGGAAUUGGGAAAGAAAAACAAAGAUUAUUCUCAUUUAAUAGUACAUUCAGCGACCCAACUCGUCCACAGGGUUCCGGAAGGCAAUACUUCUCGUAAUCAACUCCGGUAGCCCAUUUUGGAUCCACGGGAUGAGAGGAGGACAGAGUCUGCCAAUCAGAAGAGGAACCCACUAGCAUGCUCUUUGACUUCAAAUUUAUGGAUACAAAAGGAUGAAACGACUCAGGUGUUCAAGCAGCAGUGACAGCUCUGACAAUGAGAGUCCUUCGACCUCCUUCUCCUCCAACAAGUAUGGAAGCAAGCCUGGAACCCCCGCCUCCAACCCGAAGAAACCGGCAGAGGUGUUCAGAAAAGACCUGAUCAGUGCCAUGAAGCUGCCGGACUCGCACCACAUCUCCCCGGAGGAAUACUACCUGCUGGGGGACACCUGGAGGCAGGAGUGGGAGAAAGGGGUGCAGGUGCUGGCCAGCCCCGACACCAUCCCCAGACCCUCACUCAGGGCUGUAGCGGAGCGUUCGAAGGAGCUGCUGUACUCGCGGCCGAGGAAGUACAUCCAGGUGUCCAGCCAGGACGCGGCCGAGACGGGCUACGUGAACAUCAAGGAGCUGGCGGAGGCCAUGUGCCGCUACGACCUGGACGACAUGGACCUCUACUGGCUACGGGAGCUCAACGCAGAGCUGGCACAGAUGGGCGAGUUUGCAGUGGACGAGCUGACGAUGGAGCGUGCCAUGGAGGCCCUGGAGAGGCAGUGCCACGAGAACAUGAACUACGCCAUCGAGACGGAGGAGGGGCUGGGCAUCGAGUACGACGAGGACGUCAUCUGCGACGUGUGCCGCUCUCCCGACAGCGAGGAGGGCAACGACAUGGUCUUCUGCGACAAGUGCAACAUCUGCGUGCACCAGGCUUGCUAUGGCAUCGUGAAGGUCCCCGAUGGCAACUGGCUGUGCAGGACCUGCGUGCUGGGCAUCAACCCCCAGUGUCUGCUGUGCCCCAAGAAGGGCGGUGCCAUGAAGGCCACAAGAGCCGGCACCAAGUGGGCACACGUCAGCUGCGCACUAUGGAUCCCAGAGGUGAGCAUUGCAUGUCCAGAGAGGAUGGAGCCCAUCACCAAAGUGUCCCACAUUCCCCCCAGCCGCUGGGCCCUCAUCUGCAGCCUCUGUAAGCUGAAGACAGGAGCCUGCAUACAGUGCUCCGUGAAGAACUGCACCAUCCCCUUCCACGUGACGUGCGCCUUCGAGCACAGCCUGGAGAUGAAGACCAUCCUGGACGAGGGCGACGAGGUCAAGUUCAAGUCCUACUGCCUGAAGCACAGCAAGCCCAAAGACGGAGUUGGAGGAGGAGGAGGAGGAGACUCAGGCCUGAGCCCCAGCCCCACGCCCAGCCCCGCCAGGCCCACCAUUACCACCACCAAACCCCACGCCACCGACACAGAGAAGACGGGCCUGCGCGCCCAGAAGCUCCUGGAGCUGGAGGAGGAGUUCUAUUCGCUGGUACAGCCUGCUGUCCUGGCCCAGGAGCUGGGGCUGGUCCCCGCGCUGCUGGACUUCAUCUACCAGUACUGGAAGCUGAAGCGCAAGGGCAACUUUAACAAGCCUCUACUGCCCCCUAAAGAGGAGGAGGAGAACCAGCUGCUGCAGCCGCAGGAGGACAGCAUCCACACGCGCAUGCGCAUGUUCAUGCACCUCCGCCAGGACCUGGAGAGGGUGCGUAACCUGUGCUACAUGGUGAGCAGGCGUGAGAAGCUGAAGCUGUCCCAGAGCAGAGCCCAGGAGCAGAUCUUCAACCUGCACGUCAAACUCAUCAACCACGAGCUCUCCGCAGGUCUCCCGGCGUCCAUUGCAGUGGAGAGCCUGCUGUUCCGGCCGCCGCCCCGCAUCACACUGAAGCUCAAGAUGCCCAAGCUGUCGCUAGGCAACGGCAAAGGCUGCUCCAAAUCAGGAAACGGGCCGCUAUGCCCGGACAACAGCGGCAACGUGUACCACCGCGGCACGGCCAGCGGCAUCGGCCUGGGCAAGCCCCAGAUGCUACACGGCCGUGUGCGGAAAGAAGAGCGUGCCAACGGCCUCGUGCCCUCCUCGGCGCACUCCCAUCGGGACGGCGGCAGCAGCAGCGGGCCCUCGCCACCCAUCAAACCCUCGGGCAAACCGCUGGCCCUGCACGCGGCCCUACACGCCAACUCCUCCUCUUCUUCCUCCUCCUCCUCCUCUUCCUCCUCCUCUACCGGGAAGGGCAAGGGGAAGGGCGACCACCACCACCUCCACCUCCACCAUCACCACCACCAUGAGAGGAGUCGCGCCACCUCCUCAUCCAAGUCCAACGGCUACGCGGAGAAGCCGGGUACGGUGGCCCAGAGGGACACGUCCUGCCAGACAGCCAGUGAGCUGGAAGCCGAGGAGGACGCCGUAUCGACGGGCGGUAAGGGGGGCGCCGCCUUCCACAAGUCCACCAUGGAACACUUCAGCAGGUCGUUUAAGGAGGCCACUGCCAGCCUGGUGCGCACCACGGAGGACAUGAGGGGUUCGGACAAGGCCGCCCGCAAGGCCUCCUCCUCCACCACCUCCUCCUCCACCCCCACCACCAAAGAGCGGCUGUGGGCCAUCCCAGCAGGGGAGCGGCGGGGGGAGAGCGACGGCUACUGCCCUGAUCUGGAGCUCAGCGAUUCCGAGUCGGAGGCCAAGGGCAGGCACAGGCAGCGGCAGACAGGCAGGGGGGUACUCCAGCCCGGCUGCAGCCCCGUCAGGUCGGACUCUGGGAAAGGAGGUGGUGGUGGUGGUGGCGGUGGAGGGGGGUCGCGGGGGAAGACGUCUCUAGGGUCCAGAACCUCAAAGGUGCAAAGGUGACGACUUCACAGUGGUUUUCGCGUCACAAGCACUACUGUUCUUAACGCCCCCCAAAAGAACGUUCACUGCCCUCCCUCCUUCAUUUUUUUAUUUUUUAAGAAAAUAGAAAAACUGUAAAUGAGAUGUUAUGGGACUGCCACACCAAGUGCAGGUGUCCACAAGUGCCAGGUCUGUCCCCCGAUUGGGAGGUUUUGAAUGGAGCCAUGGCUCACCCCACUCAUGCCCUCACACUUUUCAUUCACUCAGACACGCACAUUCAUUCAGACACCAUGGAUUAUCAGUGUUCGCCCUCGCCUACUUGCUCGGCACAGCAGCUAGAGAUGUCGGCAGCCAGUCUGUCUUAAGGGGCAUCUGUGAACAGUUAAGCCCAGCGUUCUCUCACAUUCAGUUCAACCAAGACUGGGAGUGACGACAAUGGAGUAUGAGUUUUGUCCGGCUGUGCUUUGUCUUCGUUUUUAUGCAAAACAGGGUUUGCUUAUUACCUUUUUUUAUUGUUUUUUAUUUUUAUUUUUCGUUGUUUUAAAUUCUUCUCUCCAAAAUGGUUCUUCAGAAACUUCAUCAGUGUCACUCAAGUUUGUAGAUGGGCCUCAAGUUUGCGUUUGUGUAUAUAGUAACAGAGAUGACGUUAUUUUUUAAAUGCUGUAAAUAGUCUCUCGUGUCAGACAGGAGCAUGAUUACCAUGUUUUAUGAAUAAACAGUGACUUGGUCUCCUUGACAUUAUGCAAAAAAAGCAAAAUAAGGCAGUUUGGUGUUGGUCAGGAAAAAGGAGCCUCCUAGAGGUGGAAGUUAAACCAGUACCUCCCGUCCUUUUACUGAUGCAGCUUUCUCUAUUCUAUAUCCCAAUCGCAAAUGAGAUAUUGACUUUGAAUUGUGCUUUUGCGGGAUCAUGGAUAAAACUUUGCCCCUUGAUUUCGUCAGGCCAUAAGCAAAACGAAAGUACGGGAGGAACUAGUUUGAAUUGCACCCAUAUUCGAGACACUAAAUGUUAUUAGAUCUCAGCAGCCAAAUCCUGUCUUUCCCUCUCAUCCUCAUCUACUGAUCGACUGACUGUCCUGUUGUUUCAUUCGUCUCAACAAUGGAAACUUAUGGGCAGAUCCAAAUUGUUCUCAUGUUGCUGAAAAAGUGUGAAAACAUUGAAGAAGUGGUUCUGAAUUGGAAGAGAUUCUUGUUCUUUUUUUAUGCCAUAUCUCGUUGAGAUGAAUCAUCCUCAUGCUCGCCUGGGGCUUGAUGUGUGUGGAUAAUUGUCACUCCACUGUUCUGGGGUGCAUUUCUCGAAACCAGUUGCUUACUACAUUAGCUACUUUUUUGCUUUCAAUACAUUUUCCCAUUGGCAACUACCAAAGUUGCUAACAGGCUAACAACUUCCCUUUUGAGAAAUGCACCCCUGUGCCAUCUGUUGCCAUGCAAUGGUGUGUAAGCAAUAGACAGGAUUAGAGGCGGUUAUCAGGUUCAAAAUAGUCAGCGAAAAAGGUGAGGUAGAACAUUUAUUUUUGUUUUACCCAAUGAAUGGAGUUCAGUUUAUGGAAUUCUAUUUUGGCAAAAAAAAGUUGAUACUGCAUGUUGUAGCCUUCAUGUAUUGAAUUUAACUGUGAUUCUGAAAUGAGUUUUCAGGGUGUUCUUUUUUUUAAGCCUUUGUGUUGUACGUCAGUGUACCUAUGAGCCACGUAGGGGCAGUGUUGAGUCGAGUGACUGACUCUCAUCCAACCACAGGGCAAAAAGCGGCCAGAGGGGGGCGCCAAACAUCAAGUAUAAUAGCCUUAGAAUAAAACCGUACAGUUUCUUCACUGGAAGAGCAGGCCAAUGAUUAAACACUGUUUUUGAGUGUAUCAGAAUGCCAGCAGUAGAGAUUUCUGAAGAUGAUGAUUUCCUCCCCUCUGAGAAGCUAUGUUGCCUGAAAAUGCUGCUGCUGUUGAACAUCUUUUUCGUUUACAUCAGACGUUCCUCUUGCCUUGUCACUCCUUUACUUGUGCUGUACUGUAAAAAAAAACAUUGAUUCCACAUCACUCCUCCCCUACUCUGGACUGAAGGGUCAUCACAAUUCAGGGGCUCCUGCAAGGGACUCAUGUGAAUGAAAUUGCAGCUGCUAGCUAUUUCAUAGCUCUGUAAAGAGAGCACGCGGACUGACCCCACAGCCACCAAGGUUGCGGUCUGUCCAUUUAACCCCAGCGUCCUUUGGUCCCCCCUAGAGGCAUACUGCAAUGCUUGGUGUGUCUGAUGUAGACACAGAGAGAAAGAAAGCGAUUCCCUUUUCUCAUCAUCACUGUAGCAAAGAGAAGAAACCAAUGUGCUGCAUGUGUGUGUUGCAUACCUGACUAUUAUGAACACUGCCAUAUAGGUUCAUAAUAUGUCAUCAAUACUAGUGCAAGUUACAUCAAUAUAGAAGAAGAUGUGUGUGUGUAUAUACAAUAUCUUUUUUUAACAAUUGGUUGUCUACUUCACUUUCUGGCAGUGUCGGUGAGAGAGGUCCACAGCACAAAAACAGUUCUCCUUUUCACCACACGCAGUGUUGAGAGCAGACGACCACAUUUUAAAUGCAGCAUGCACUGCAGUUCUGUCACCUUCUGCUGUUUUUACAAAGCCAUUGGUUAAAUGUGACAAGUUGAGGUGAAGGCAUAACUGAAGGUAUAAAUACAUUAUGACAGUAUCUCCACUCGAAUUAAAGACCAACAUAGUUUCACACACCCCUGCUCCCCUCUCUAGAAAAGACAGCAAGGCUGUUUUAAUUGCACUUACAGUGCUGCACAUUCCCUGACGAGGAGAGGAGAUGGGGCCACGUGUGCCCAUUUGCAUCCUGUGCGUGUGUGUGUGCGUGUGCGUGUGCGUGUACGUCACCUGGACUUUCAGAAGGAGAUCCCGUGCUGUUGGGAUAUCGUCGAGCAGUGCUGCAUGGUUGACUGAUGUAAAACACUGAAUGGAUGUAUGUGUGCUUGGGUGAAGUACAGAAGAAGAAAAAAACAAAAUAUACAAAAUUAUUUCCUGUAGGGCAGAGAAACUUCAUAGAACUUCAGAUUUUACACUAAACUGAUGAAAUGCAGGAGGUGGAUCUACCACACUUGUGUUAGUCUUCUCUUUCUCAAAAAAUAAACAUUUUUUCAAUAAACUGGAAAAAAAAUGAGA